UUUAAACACUGGACAAAAUAGUGCUGGUGCUGUGCCAAAUGCUUAUAAGACUUUUCGGAAGAGUAAGCUACCAAUGUAUGGCCCAAGAUUAUUUCUGUUUUUCUAUAUUCAUAAAGUAGGUGUGUUGUCUUUCUGAGAAUCCUUCUGUCUUUGGAAAUGCAAAGUGUGUACUGUCGAGGCAAGUUCUGACAAAUAAUGUCACACCUUUUCUAGAGGAGCUGAAAGUGUCUGCCUCUUUAAAAGGGGCUGAUGAUUUGAGGUAUGCAGUGAGACGUAAGACACCAACUUUUAGAUCAUAUUUUUAAUGUCAACUGAAAUUUUGAAAUAACUGGGAUUCUGAAAACUAUAAUAACUUUUGAGAUUUCUACAUCAUACGCAUUUUUAUUUUCCCCACCUUUUUUAACUGAUCAGGAAUAGAGUUAAAUUUCCUGUUCAGCUGGAUAAAUCUUUGAGGAAUUACCCUUUCCUAUAUGGAAAUGACUGAAUAACUUUCACGGAGCUUUUUCCCAAGGCUUUUGUCAUGUACUAGCAAGAUGUCACUAAAUACCACUUUACAUUCAGACUGAAGUCCACAUUACCUACCCUAAUGGUUAUCAUGCUACUUCCACCUGUGGAGUGCACGGGCUUCCUCAUUGUUUCUUGUUUCCUUGUGAUUCAUGACAAAACUGAGAAUACAGUAACAGAAAAGUGAUCUUCAGCUCUGUCAAAGUGCCUAGCUUCAACCUACUUUUACUUCCUGAGCCCCAGCACUUAGGGAAUACACAGAACUUGUACUUAUGAUGAGGAUUUCUUUAAACAGCCUUACCUCACACCCCUGAGUCAGCGUGCAGCUGUUUAUCCAAGUCUAUAGGUGGUGCUAAAGCAGUAUUGGUGCCUUGGAUAUUUUGUAAUUUCCUAGUCUGACUUGUUUUCAAGUGUAAAGGCAGUGUGAAGCGAGGCAGACUUUUUUCCAGGCCUCCCCCCCCAUGAUCGUUAUGAAGUGACGUGUGCCAAAGUAAGCAAGAUAAGUUGCGGAACAAAGUACACCUGCAAUUGAAUGCUGCUGAUUUUCACCAAGAAGCAGACCGAGGAGAGCAAACUUGCAGAAGCACUGUUCUUUGAAGGCUGGAAAAAGCACAAAUGCCAAAGAUUUUUGCAAUGAAGAACUCCAGAAAUGUCUUCGUUCUUCUCUUUGUUCAUGCUACUCUCUGCCUGGAACGUGUCCGGUGGUGCACUGUCUCCCAGCAAGAACUUUCCAAAUGUAAUGACAUGCGUAAGGCCUUUGCUGGGGCAGGCAUCCUUCCCCCUCUAGAAUGUACAGAGGGAGCGUCAGCUGCUGACUGUACCCAGAUGAUCAAGGAUUAUUUGGCAGAUGCAGUGACGCUGAAUGGUCGUUUGAUUUACCAGGCUGGGAAGGAGCAUGGUCUGAAACCUGUGGUUGGGGAAGUAUAUGAUCAAGAGAUUGGAACUUCAUACUAUGCUGUGGCUGUAGUAAAGAAGGGCUCCAAUAUCACCAUCAACAGCUUGAAAGGUAUCACUUCAUGUCACACAGGCAUCAACAGAACUGCUGGCUGGAACGUGCCAGUGGGUUAUCUAAUUGACAGUGGUCGCCUCACAGCAAUGGGAUGUGACCUUCCAAAAGCUGUUAGUGAAUAUUUCAAUGCGAGCUGUGUUCCUGGAGCAAAUAGUGUAAAUUAUCCCAAAUCCCUCUGUCAGCUCUGCAAAGGGGAUUUGUCUGGGCAAAACAAAUGCCAAGGAAAUUCACAAGAACAAUACUAUGACUACAGUGGAGCUUUCAGGUGUUUGGCUGAAGAUGCAGGAGCAGUUGCUUUUGUGAAGCACAGCACGGUGCCUGAAUACACUGAUGGAAAAACUCUUUCUUCUUGGGCCCAGAAUCUUCGUUCCCAGGACUUCCAGCUUCUGUGCCGCGACGGUACCACGGCUGAUGUGACAGAGUGGAGAACCUGCCACCUGGCCCGAAUCCCAGCUCGUGCUGUGGUAGUACGGCCUGACACAGAUGGGACAGUUGUCUUCCAGCUCCUGAACCAGGGACAACAAAGAUUCAAUGGUGCAGGCACGAAGUUUCAGAUGUUUGACUCCACAGCCUAUGGUGCCCAGAAUCUUAUAUUCAGAGACUCCACCACAGAGCUCGUUGCAAUCACAUCUCAGAAUUACAAGGCAUGGUUGGGUGAUGAAUAUCUUCAUGCCAUGGAAGGCUUGAGCUGUGACCCCAACACAUUGCCAGAAAGCCUGAACUGGUGUGUUGUUUCAACUGAGGAGAUUUGGAAAUGUGGUGAAAUGGCUACUGCUUUUAGGAAAAAAAAUUUGAAACCAGAAAUCCAGUGUAUUUCAGCCAAGACAAAAGAAGAGUGCAUGGAGCUGAUCCAGAAAAAGGAAAGUGAUGUUGUAACUCUGGGUGGAGCUGAUAUUUACACAGCUGGGAAGACAUAUGGCCUUGUACCAGCUGCUGGAGAAAGUUACUCUGCUGAUGACAACAGCAAUGCAUACUAUGCUGUGGCAUUAGUGAAACGGAACCCAUCCAAUGCGUUCACCAUCAGUGACCUGAAAGGGAAGAAGUCCUGCCACACAGGACUGGGGAGAACUGCUGGAUGGAAUAUCCCCAUUGGUAUGCUAAUGAAGAAGGGCAUUAUUAAGCCCAGAGACUGCAAUAUUCCUCAAGCUGUGAGUGAGUUUUUCUCUGCAAGCUGUGUGCCUUCAGCUAAUCAGGAUAAUUACCCAUCAAAGCUCUGUCAACUGUGCAUUGGAGAUGAUAGUGGAAACAAUAAAUGCAGUGCAAGUAGCCAAGAACGUUAUUACAGCUACAGUGGAGCCUUCAGGUGCCUGGCACAGGACUCUGGGGAUGUGGCCUUUGUGAAGCACUCGACCGUGUUUGAGAACACAGAUGGUAAGAACACUGAAAGUUGGGCCCGUAACUUGAAGUCCAGUGAUUUCCAGUUACUGUGUCGAAAUGGUGCCCGUGCUGAAGUCACCCAGUUCGCUCAGUGUCACCUGGCUCAGGUGCCAGCUCAGGCCAUUAUGGUUCACCCAGAUACCAACAUUUUUGCUGUAUAUGGACUACUGGACAAGGCCCAGGACUAUUUUGGAAAUGACAGCAAUGGAAAUGGAUUCAAAAUGUUUGACUCUUCAACUUUCCAAGGAAAAAACUUGAUCUUUAAGGAUUCUGCUGUUGAGAUCGUGCCCGUAAAAGAGAGGAGGACAUACAAAGAGUGGCUGGAGAGUGAAUAUAUUGAGUCCCUUGAAGGGAUGCAAACACCACAGUGCUCUGGGUCAGGUAAUAAGUUAAUACAACAGCACCUACUAGUGACUACUGUUGUUUCCUUCCUUAUUUUAUAUCAGUUACAAGACUUGGACUAACAUGGUCUAAAUGGCAACUUCCAGGCCACCCCUGCCUACCACUUUCAGAUGAGCUGCUAUUUGAAUAACGUGUUGGGCUAACAUUUCAGUGCCUCUUCCUGCCUCUUUGCCGGCAAGGUGCUAACAGCAUCUGCUUAUCAGGGGAGUGGGGUGGGGUUGGAAGCUGACCCUGUUCAUGUGAAUGGGGUAGAAUUUGGGACAGAAGCCGUCAAUACUGUGCCUGCAUGGCUUACAAGAUCAAUCCAAAACUGGAGCAUCUCUGCAAUUGUUGCUGAUGUGGAAGUGUGCUGGGCUGAAGGAUUCUCAGAUGCUGUUAGAUGGAUACUGGGUUUCUGAUCUGUAGAAGAAUUUCUGCAUCUUGGAAGGCAGUAUCAAAAAUCUUGUCUAGUGAAUCCACUCUGGCCUCCAUGCUGGUAAUGUUCCAACUCCUUCGUCCCUGCUUAUACUAUCCUCACCUUGUUGGGGGCAACAGUUUAUCCUGAGCUCUGCUGACAGAAGAGGUAAGUGCACAAAGGAUGGACAGGCUGUGGACAGGGAGAGUAUGUGCCGUCCAGAAUACUGCUUCUGCCACGUACAAGGUCCUCCAGCUUCCAGUAGAAGAAGGUAGGGGGAAUCGCCAAAGUCGCUGGAGGAAAAGGAAGGCCAGAGAGACUUGGAGGGACUACCUGCUGGCACAGGAAAGAACAAAGCCAAAUGUGUUCAUCCACUGAGCUUGUUGACUUCCCACAACCAGUACUCUCGCUGGCUUUGGAGAGAAGUCAUUUUCCCUUGUCAUCAGGAAACAUGUGGCUGUCCUCCUACAUGGGGUUAUCUGAGUGCCUGUGAAUGAAACUUGUGUCUUCUGGUAGAGAAACAAAGUAGCUCACUGCUGAUUGUGUGUUUCUGUAUCCAUUGGUUUGUGGUAUUCAGUUCUUAUUUUUAUCCAUAGCUGCAAUAACAACAAAGGUUGCUGUGCUGCUGGCAGGCAGCCUCCUCCUGACUACAGCUACCACCUCAUGAUCCUGGGAUGAAAAGACAUUCAACAUAAUUAAAAAAAAAUAAAUGGUAAAAACAGACAUAAAUAAUGUAAAUAAAUGGAACCUAAGAAAUAAACAAGAAAAGUAAU